AUGAGAAAACCGGAGGCAGGAGAGGAACACUACCUGAUUGCUGGUGACUCAGAGGUCAAGAUUGAAGGUUAUGGUCGGGUCGAUGUGCCAGUCAAGAAACAAGAUGGAUCAACCAGUAUCCUACGAAUCCGGGAUGCUGCAUACUGUCCUACUUUUGCAGUCAACGUUGUAUCAUUUCAGUGUCUUUACGAUAAGGGUAUCCGCUGGGAUACAAUCAGUACCCCGACAAGGCUGAUCCACAAGGCCGGAACACUGAUCUGUGUGGUUCAAAGACAUUGCAGACAAUGGGUUCUUCACUAUCAGGAAACAACAGAUGCCAGCAUAAAAGCGGCAGCUGCCUAUAUAGCCCGACGAAAAAGACGGACUACACGAGACCAGAGACCAGAUGCUAUUGCAGACGGAACGCUGUGGCACAACCGAUUGGGUCAUCCGAGCCCCAAGACCCUUGAGCAUCUUGGAAAGAAGUGCCUCGGAGUUAGGCUUCAAGGACGAAAAACGGCAGAAUGUGACCACUGUGGCCGAGGCAAGAUGCGCCGGCAGGUAUCUCGACGACGGCCAAUACGGCCAAAUAAGCCAUUUGAGGAAAUCUGGGUCGAUUGGACCGAUCUUACGGAAGACUACCAAGGCUAUUCCAGAGCCAUGUUCAUCACGGAUGCCUAUUCAGGUCUUGUUUUCCCUUACUUUAUGCAGAGUCAUGGUCUAGGGAGAGAAAAUCGAAGGAUUCUCCGAGACUUCUUAGACUGGGUAACUAUCCAGUACAACGCCAUCCCAAAAGUCAUUCGAUCAGAUGGUGAACUGUUCAGCAAAGAGGUGCGGAAGGAACUGAAACUUCGAUCAAUCGAACCAAAAAGAUCAGCCCCGAAUACUCAGGCUCAGAACGGAGGCGCUGAGAGGUCAGGGGGUGCCAUCAUGGAGAAGGCUCGUACGAUGCGAAUAGCGGCGCGCCUACCACAUGACUUGUGGAAGGACAUUGUGGAAGCAGCCUGCUACUUGCGCAAUCGAACACCACUUGAGCGCAACCAUUGGCACAGUCCAUUUGAACGAGCUUUUAAGAAGCAGCCGAUAAUUAGCCAUCUCAAAGCGUAUGGAUGCAAAGCCUUCGCGAUGACGCCAACUGCCCAGCUCAAGAUUCGGAGAAAGCAGAAGCUUGAACCACGAGCACAUAUUGGCUACAUUGUUGGUUACCAAGCCUCAAAUAUUUACAAAAUCUGGAUUCCACACAAGAAUAAGGUUAUCCUGACCAGAGAUGUCAUCUUUGACGAGUCAAGCUUUUUUGAGAACAAGGUAGCACAACCGGACCUGUUGCAGUCAAUUAGCCAGCUACUGGAUGAGAUCGAAAUCCCAGAAAAUGAGCAGGCUAUGGAGACUAUAAUCGAGCAAGAUCAAACAGUCUAUCAUUCGGAAGACGAGGAGGAGGAAGUUCUGGAUGAAAUCGUGGUGAACACAAGCAUGCAGGAUGAGCCGGACGGCGAAGACGACGAACAACGGUGUGAAGAGUCAGAAGAGCAAGGGUAUUAUAAUACGCCGCCAUUGACAGACCCGGAUCUUGAAGAGAGUCCGGAAGCUAUAUUCACAGCCAAUAUUCGGAUCUGUCACCGGGCCGAUCAUCCUGAGGGGGUGGAGAAUACACGGCACAACUCAAGUUGUUGCAGUUACGAUGUCCCACCUACCAGUGCAAACUACCGAUUUCACGAAUUCCAUCCAACCCGAAUUCAGACUGCGGUCCACGGUGCAUUUAAUGCUGGGAUCAAGUUUCAACCUCGCAAGAGUCACCUACCAGAAGUUCCAAAGACUAUGAAGGACCUUGAAGAUCACCCAUUCAAGGACCAAUUCAUCAAAGCACAGAAAGAACACCUUGCAUCGCAUGACCAGAUGAACUCAUUUAUUGAGGUACCUUGGUCACAAGCGAAAGGUCAAAAGGUUCUACACUGCAUGUGGGUAUUUACCUACAAGACGGACAAGCACGGUCUCCUUCAGAAAUGCAAGGCGAGGCUAGUUGUGUGCGGGAAUCAGCAGGAGAAAAAUGCACUUCCCACACGGGCCACAACAUUAGCCAGCAUGUCAUUUCGAGCGCUACUAGCGAUCGCUGCUGAGCACGACCUAGAGCUUGAACAAAUGGAUGCCGUCAACGCAUUUGUCAACUGUGACUUGGACGAAGUUGUAUAUAUGCGCAUGCCACCUGGUUAUGAGAAAUACGGCAGAGUGUUACGGCUGAAGAAAGCCCUGUACGGUCUACGAAGGUCCCCGCUGCUGUGGCAGAAGGAGUUGACCAAGAGCCUGCAGGAGCUAGGGUUUCAGCCAGUCCCACAGGAGCCAUGUAUCAUGAUCAAAGGUGCUGUGAUUGUCUUCUUCUUUGUGGACGACAUUAUAUGGGCGUACAAGAAAGCCGAUGCCGUGGUCGCCAAAGCAGCUAUCGAAGGGUUGAAAAGCCGAUACCAAAUGACGCUGCUGGGUGAACCAAAGUGGUUUCUUGGAAUACACAUAUUGAGAGACAGACGACAAAGAACGAUCUGGCUGACGCAAGAUGCUUAUAUUGAUAAAAUAGCGCAUAAGUUUGCCAUUCAGCUGGAGGACAAGGCGCCAGACACUCCGAUGAGCCUCGAAGAGCUGCGGAAAUCAGAGACACAAGCCUCGAAGCAAUCAACCGAAAAGUUCCAACAAAAAGUCGGAUCUACUCUAUUUAUCGCCAUAUCAACCAGACCUGAUAUUGCAUUUGCAGUCAGUCGACUUGCACGACACAAUCUGAAUCCAAGCGAGGAGCACCACAAGGCAGCCAAUAGAGUGAUUCAAUACCUCUAUGCCACUAGGUCAUUUGGCCUGCGACUUGGAAACAGAAGUCAACAAAACAAAACUUCAAUAGAAACUUUUAUCGGCUCGAGUGAUGCAUCAUUCGCCGACAAUACUGAAGACCGGAAGAGCUCGCAGGGCUAUGUACUGAGAUUGUACGGUGGGCCGAUCGCCUGGAAGGCAUCGAAGCAGACCACGGUGACAACGUCGAGUACAGAAGCCGAGUUGCUAGCAGCCUCCGAGGCAGCUAAAGAGAUGAUAGCUGCAGGAAGACUUCUUCAGUCUUUACAAGUUCAGUUGAACGGACCUUUGCGGUUGGAGAUUGAUAACAAGCAGACUAUUAGGCUGUUAGUUGAAGAGUCAGCAAAGCUGACCACACAGCUCCGUCAUGUUGAUAUUUACCAGCACUGGUUGCGUCAAGAAGUUCAAAAUCAUCGAAUUAAGGUGCGUUGGGUGGGAUCAAAGGACAUGGUAGCAGAUGGUAUGACGAAGGCGUUACCCAGGGGUCGACACACUGAAUUCCUACGGCAACUGAGAAUCGAUGAUGUCCGAUGCCGAAUUGGUCUAGAAACCAAGCUGGAAGAAGCUCGAAGCAUGAUGUGA